UAUGAGCUUUGGAAUAAAUUCACGUGGAGAAUAAAGAAAGUUCCAAAUAGCAUAUAUAUGAAUCAACUAGCUAGUUAAUGCAUUCAGUUUUUUUCUUUUUUUUGUGUGGAUGGUAUUAUAUAUUUAUAUAUUUUAUGUUUUAUGUAUUAUUAGAGUGCUGUGGGAAGUCAAGUAGGAGAGAAAAUUAUUAUACAGUGAAAGAAAUUGAGAGCUGAGUCCUCCUCCAAACAUGUCGCUUUUCUCUUCAUCUUCUUUUUUAUUGGUUUUUCAUGUUAUUCCUUUACUUGCUUUUCUCCUCCUCUUCUUCACACAUCCCAAUGUUCUAAGAUCUUCUUCUUCUUCUUGGACUAUGACAUGGAAUGUUCCUUCUUCUUCUUCAUCUUCUUCUUCAAUAACUAGAGCUUUUUAUUCUUGGGUAGAAGGACAAAAUGCUAAUGAUUUAUCAAAUGAGAAUAUUAAUAUUACUAAGGCUUCUCAUCAUGAAUUGGCUCCUCAUCAACAACCAUCCGCACCCUCUUUAGCUCUUGCCCCAGCUCAAACUGUUAUGAAAUUAGAUGGUGAAGAAGAGAGUACAGAAGACAGGAAUAUUUCAUCAAGUAGUACAAUUGGAAGAGUAAUUGUUGCUAAUAAAACACUACUAACCAGAUUGCAAAAAAUCGAAAGGAGUUUGCUUAAAGCCAGGUCUUCCAUAAAAGAGGCAGCAGCAUCUGGUGAUAAUUAUCAACAACAAAUUAGAAAUGCAUCAAUAUCAUCAUCAAAAGGCACAACCAUAUUAAUCCAUGCAGACAAUGACCCAGAUUACGUUCCUCGUGGGCCCAUUUACUGGAACUCAAAGGCUUUCCAUAGGAGUUACUUGGAGAUGGAGAAGCUGUUGAAGAUAUAUGUGUAUGAAGAAGGAGAGCUUCCAAUUUUCCAUGGCGGUCCAUGCAACAGCAUUUACUCAUCAGAGGGAACUUUUAUUCAUGAAAUGGAGAUGAAUAAAGAGUUCCGUACAACAGACCCUCAUGAGGCACUCCUUUAUUUUCUCCCUUUCAGUGUCACUAGGAUGGUUUCCUAUCUCUAUGACCCUGCUGAUCGUCAAAAUAUGAAUGGAAUUAGGGUUUCGGUAACUGACUACAUCAAUUUGAUUGCCAACAAAUACCCUUUUUGGAAUCGAAGUCUUGGUGCUGACCAUUUCAUGCUCUCAUGCCAUGACUGGGGACCAUGGACCUCAUCCUUUGUUCCUAAUUUAUACCACAAGUCCAUUAGGGUUCUAUGCAAUGCAAACACAUCCGAAGGAUUCAAUCCAUCGAAAGAUGCAUCCCUACCAGAAAUCUACCUCCAGCCCAGAAAAAAUCCCUUCGUCGGAGGUCCCACUCCUUCUAGAACUAUUCUUGGAUUCUUUGCCGGACGUCUUCAUGGCCAUAUAAGGUACUUGCUUUUGCAACAAUGGAAGAACAAAGACAAAGACCUCCAAGUCUACGAGGAACUUCCGAGAAGAAUUUCCUACCAAACCAUGAUGAAGAAUAGCAAGUUCUGCUUAUGUCCAAGUGGGUAUGAAGUUGCAAGCCCUAGACUUGUGGAAGCCAUUUAUGCUGAGUGUGUUCCUGUGUUGAUUUCUGAUGGAUAUGUGCCACCUUUCAGUGAUGUUUUGAAAUGGAAGUCGUUUUCAGUGAUGGUGAAAGUGAAGGACAUCCCAAAUAUCAAGAAUAUUUUGAUGGGAAUUUCUCAAAGGCAGUAUUUGAAAUUGCAUAGGCGAGUGAAGCAAGUUCAAAGGCAUUUUGUGGUCAAUAGUCCUCCUAAGAGAUAUGAUGUUUUUCAUAUGAUUUUGCACUCUAUUUGGCUUAGAAGAUUAAACAUUCGCAUUGAUGAUUUAGAUCCCUAAUUAGUCAACAAUUACAUCGAAAACAAGGAAAUACCUUUUUUUUUUU